UGAAUGUGUGUGUAGGGUAUUUGGCUCUGAAAACUUUUUGCAGUGUGAUUUUUUUUCUUGUGUGUUCAGCUUUUGAAUGACAUAGGUUAUUGAAAGAAUUUAUUAUUAAUUGUGUGUGUGUGUUUUUACCUUUAUGAGGACAGUGAUUAAAAAAUUUCAAAAAUUUGUGAAAAAAUUUAUAAAGAGUGCCGACGAGAAGCUGAGAAGCUUAAGUCACAAGGGACAUCACUCCAGCAAGACCAACACAAACACAUAUUGCGGUGCUCAGAAUGGACAGUCAAGCUCACCAGGUGGAGCUUUUGUGACUUCUUCAAGAUCAGAGGCUCCUGAUGUUCCGCCGCCACCUAUACCUCAUGUGACAACCAAUCAGAUUCAACAGAAUCAGUCACAUGACCAAAAGCCUCAUCAUGAAACAACCAAUCAAAAUAGAUCAAAUAGGUCAAGUGUUAUCAUACUAGAGACUGCUGAAAGUGAAAUUCCUCCACCUAUUUUUCCGAAACCUCACGUAACACAAAUGGCGGAAAGACGUUUACAGCGUCAAAACAGAAAAAGUGGGUCACAAGAUGAAAAUGUACAACUUAAAAAGAGAUCACGUAGUGAAGGGCCACAUGGUCGGAGAAAAUUAAGAAAUUCAAUGCACGAGACGUCAAAUAAAGUAAGUCCAAAUAAGUCUGCAUCUAAUGGAAGACAUUCAAUGUAUACGGGACACAUGUCCGAUGAUGAUAAUGCUAUCAUGGUAUCUGGGAGUGAGUCCCCCGAUUCAGACAUCGUCGAUCAGCGAUGGACAAAAAACCCUCUCAUGAGUCGAAAAGCACGAAAAAGUGAAAAAAAUUCAAAAACUGAUAAAAGAAGAUCUGUUCAUAAUGUUGAAAGUCCAAAUAGUAACAUGGAACAAAGUGGACCAAAUUCCUACCAGGUUUCACAAAGCAGGGAUUUCUUUAUUCAACCGAGAAAGCCUGAUCCUUUUCAAGGUCAAAGCAAUAAAGCGAAAUUUUUAAGAAUGGAAGAAAAUCGUAAAAAGCGUAUAGACAUGGCGGUGACUAGUGACGAGGAGUGUUCUCCGCAGCUACGAAUAUCGCGUCUCCGACAACGUGCCAUCAUGAGUUCUCAUUUAGGUGACAAUCAAAGAUUUGAAGAUAGUUUAAAUAUCGUACCUGUAAGAGAUGAGAGCUCAUUGAAAUCAUAUCAGGAAUUCACGAAUGGAUUAUCACAAGUGGAUAAAAGCUUACGUAAUAGAGUUUCACAAUAUGACGAGAAUAGACAGAGUAAAUACGAUGAAAAUUAUAACGUGAAUGGAAAUUUCUAUCAAGAAUAUACCAGACAACAAGGAGUAAAACAUAACAAGUUACCAAAUGUUCUUCCAGAGUUCCUUCCCGAAAACAGAGAUCGUGCAAAUUUGACAAGUAGGAAUUUCCAAAAUGUUCCAAGUGCAGAUCAUGUGACUAAAAAUAUUCUGGUUCAAAAUAAAAAUUUACAGUCUGGUCAACUGAAAUCAGAAAAACAAUUGCGACACCAGGGUGUGAAAAUGUCGAAUGAUUCGCCAAAACUGCGUAGCUUUACGGAAGUAAAGGCUAAUCAGCCUACACAGUUGAAAAAGGCAGAUCAAAAGAUUGAACUAAAUCCAAGGUCACCGAAUAGCUCUAGUGACUCAUUAGAUGAUUUGAUUGAAUCAAAUAUUCAGUAUCUGGAAAGUGAAAUUGAAAGUGGAAAAUUAAAACGCCAGUCUGGUAAUUACUCACAAGAAAGAGUCGUACAAAGACAAGUUAGGGAACCAUUUCAAAUAAAUCAAAAACAAGAAGAAUUCAGAUCACAGUUACAAGAUCCAAGAACUUUUGUCUCUAAUAAACUUAUGUCUACUGUAACUAAAGUUGAACCAAAAAUUAUUCAAAAAUCUACCAUGUACCCUCAAUCAGGUAUGUCUUAUUCUAGUCAGUAUCAAAACUCGCGGCAAACUUCGUCUUCGAUGACGGAUCAUAGAAAUGUCCCUCCGUCAGGUUCAGCAACGUACAGUCCAUAUAUGCAACGUAAAACGUACGAUGUAAAUGAAGAUAUUUCUAAAUCAGAUAGUCAUCUAAAUGCAUUUAAUUCUAACUUUAAUUCAGUUCCAACAGCCUUUCAACCGGCUAAAAGUUACGCACCUUAUCCUGUAUUAAAUAAAGAAACUGGUAAUAUAACGUAUAUACAACCAACAGAUAGUAUUGAGGAUCAAAUGCAAAUGCAUGAAAAUGGAACUAUGGUUGAUUCCGGAAUGUUCUCUGAUGUUGAGUAUAAUAUUGAAGUUUCCGAGAGAAUUAAAAAAUGGGAGAAAAAGUUAACUCCCGGUGAGCUUGAAGAAAGACAUAAAGUUUUAAAUACCAUAAAAGAAUAUGAGUCAUUCAGUGACAGUAAUCAGAAAGAUUCGGUUCCGGAUACUCCAGUUGAGGUCCGGCGUGAAUUAUGGCAGUUAGUGAGUCCAACUAGUAAUUCUGGAGUUGGUAAAUUAUCGGUCAAUUUAACACGAUCAACAUCUUCUAUAUCAGAUUCAAACAUGCAGGAUCCAUCAAGUGCCCAGUACUUUGAACCGAAAGUGGUUUCAUCAGAAACAAAUUUGCACAGAAUUUUUCGUGUAGUGAAUGAACCAAGACGAAGGCCAGUUACAAAAACAAUCAAAGUUAAACCGUCUACAGAGUCUCAUGAUACAAACAUUCAGAAUAGAUCGCGAAGAAAACCUCCAGAAGUUGCUUCACAUGCGCAGAGUUUGAGUAAUGUGACAUUAAGUGAAUCUGAAAUUGGGUCAAAUAUGCAACAAUCAUGGCCGCCUAUGGUUGUUGACUCUGACAGUGGAAUUAGAAAAUCAUGGAGAAUGUCCCGAUAUGAAGAUGAAAUAAAUGAGUUAAAGGAACUAGUUUCAGACAAUUUUCGCGACAUAAGGAAGCGUUUCGAUUCCGAUAUGAGUGAGACAGAUACUAAACGUGCAUCGCCAGUUUUCCGCGAGCCGCAAGUGCAGGCUCCGAUGGCUGUAAGUGUUCCAGUUACCUCACAAACCUCAUCUGGAAUGUCAAAGUUAACACUCAAUAUUCAGCCAGUUACACCUACUAAUCAGAGGUCACCUGUAACAAUCAGACGUAAGUUAUCCGACCAGAGACAAGAUAGAACGCCACCAGCUUCACCUGCUGUUCCAGUGACACCAAAAAAUGAAAGGAAAGUGCCUAUUUUUAGGAAUGUUCCUAUAGAAACUAAGUCGAUCUCAACUGUUAUACAAUCUCCAAUAAAGCAGACGACAGUUCCAGAUUUGAAGCAGUCAUCUUCUGCAGACAGUAAAAUACCUCCUGAUAUAUGGUCACCAAAUAUGGAGAGUAGGAAAGGACUGGUUAGUAUGGAGAGAGUGAAAGCACGUACUCUGCAAACAAUUCCUUUUUCGGAAGAUCCAGUUUGGAAAGAAAUCGAAGGACUUGCAACUUUCGAUAAACCAGAUGAAAUUUCUAGAGAAGUGAAUUUUGAUGAAAUUGACGAACUAUUAAAACUUGCUACCGGUGGAGUUGACAAUUUGAAGGCAAGAUCAAAACCGAAUUUAGUGUUUGACGAUCAGAUGAGGAAAUUGUCUGCUUCUGACAAUAUUGCACCACAUCAAUCAACACAACAAGAGAUAUUAAUGACCCAGAGCUUCACACCAACCACCCAUAUGCAAGUACCCAAAGAAAAACACCGUGCAUUGUCUGAUUCAACAUAUCCACCUCCUUCAAACAAGCAUGUCUUUCAUCCUCCUACAAUUCAACCCUUGAAACUUAACUCAAAAUCAUCGAAGAAAUCAAGCACAAGUGCUCUAGAUGAAGUAUUGGAAGACAUUCGCGCUACACUUCAAAAGAAACCAUUAAGUCCAAAACUUAUGAAAAACUUGGACACAUCAGAAUCUAACUCAUCCACAAACCUUUCAUUGCAAUCCCCUCUGACAAAAUCUUCAAAAUCUUUCAUCUUUCCAAAGGAUAUAAAACGUGCCAAAACUGAAACCGUGCCAGAAAACCCUGAAGUUGUGAAGUCGGCUGCUGCUACACCUGGUUAUGAUAACACAAGUGCGUCAUGGAAACCAGCUGAGAAUGAGCUCCCACCCCAAGCUUUACAGCAGCUAGCAAAUACAACUUAUAUUGAUCCUGAGUUUACACAAUUUCCAUAUAUUAUCAAUGGAAAUUAUCACCUUGACCCAAAACUUUUGUCAGAAAAGUUAAAAAGUACAGGUUUAGCAAAUGACUCCUCAGAUGAGCUUUUGUUAAAACGAAAAAAGGCAUUUGAUUUACCUGCCAAUCAUCAAGCAUUGAACUUAGAAAAGAAUCAGCCUGCCAAUCUGGUGAAUAGACCAGAGACUGUAAAGCAAUCUAAUCCAAUUACCCAUGAGCUGGACCAAUCUGUUGAUGACCUGAGAUCAUUAGCGCAAGAAGUCGAAUUUAAGUUGAGUCAGAUUAAAUCGCGUAUUGUUUCCGCAGAUGAGGAUAGACUUGACAGUAUCUUGUUAGCAUUGAGAAAAUUUGCUCCAAUGACUGAAGAGAAGUUUUUCAAUGUGAAAUUUACACCAAAUUAUGAAUCGGAUAAAGCAAGGAGAAGCAAGCUAGAAGAUGCUUUGAAUGAACUUGAAAAAAUGUAUGAAAGUUUAGACUUGGAUGAUAAAUCAUUGAUGGAUAGGGCAUCCAGGAGAGAUGAUACUGUUGAAUAUGAAAAUAGGCAAGGUAUUAAAAGUAACGUACAAAAUAUAUCUGUUUUUAAGCCGUCACAGAUUGAUGAAAUUGAAAAAGACAAACUCAAAAAUGAGUUUGAAGACAUAACCAAAUCAUUUCAAGUUUUGUUGGACGAAGUUACAAAGCAGUGUCGCCAAUGCUUGCACAAAGGUUCAUCGCUCCAUACUCGCGGCGUUCAGAUUCAAACUUGUUCUCCCCAACGGGUCUCCUUCAGUAUCUUCAAGUCAGCUCCCCCAAUGAAAUACGACAAGAACCACGAGACAACGUGUUUGAAAGUAGACGCAUUCAACAACGAGCUGUCCAGAAUAGUUUAUAACACUGCCAUAAAAGAAUUGGAAUCUGUGCUACAGGAAACUAAUAGACCAAAUAGACAAAACCAGCAGUUACAAGACCAAUCACAAAAGAUGCAUCUAGCGGAGAGUCUAGAAAUGUCAAUAAAAUGUCUUGCUUCAUUGCAAGUUGAAUUAAGUGAAGAAAAGCCACAAGUUCGAGGCUCAGGAAGAUUUAGAAAACGCGGAAAUAUUGAGCACAGAAAAUCUAUGCCAGCAAUUACAAGAAAUGUUGAGACCCAGACUGUUGAAACCCAGACUGAAUCUCCUCCAAAUGUGUCUGAAAUGAAAGAAAAGUUUGAACAAUAUAGAAAAGCUUCUCUUCAAGAAAUGUCCAGUGAUAGUUCUCCUGACUUUAAAUUAGGUCGCUAUCAAGUAGACAAAGCUUCUGUUGAUAUUAGUCAUGAUGAUAUAAGUUCUAGUGAUGACGAAGAUGAUGUGACGAGAAAAUCUAAAAUGCGACGAUCUUUGAGUUGUCCGGACAUUGUUGCACUUUUAGAGGAAUUUAAUAGAAAAGAGAAGGAGAAAGAGAAAAGAUUAGCCAAAGUUGAUAAAACUAAUGCAAAGAAAGGGACAAAAAGUUCUACACCAAAGUCUGUGAAACAGAGGCAUGAGAACAAAUUAAGAUUUAGAUCUUUGCAUAAAGAUGAUGCUAAAGUUAAACAAACUGAUAUAAGUAUGUCAGCAGCGUCUGAUGAUGGGUUUGAAACUCCUAAGAAUAAACCACCAGUGUACCCUGUAUGGAAAUAUCCAGGACAAGUUGAAAGUUCAAAAACUGAAAGUGUAAAGAAAAGUGAACAAAAAAAACAAGCUUUCGGAGUUGAUAGAGAUUUUACAAAAACAACCUCAGAUACUGAACAGGAUCGAGUGUUUUUACAAACUUCUGACCAGGGCUGUACUGGGAUUGAUGAAAGGGUCAUCAGACGUCGUUCACGGUCAUUUGGUGGCGAGCAGCAAGAUCCCGAGGAUAGACCAAAGAGUUUUCAUGAGCUUGUUGCAACAUUUGAACAAAACCCUAAACGUCUGGAGAAGAUUCGAACAAGUGGUUUACGAAAAUGUGCAUCAGAAGACUCCAUGUUUACUGAUUUAAUAUUGCAGAAAAUUUAUCAUUCUGAAACAGAUCUGUAUACAGAUGAAAAAGGGCAAAGAUUGUCAGGGUCAGGGUUAAAACUUGCUCUAGAAAUGAAGGUUAAAGAUUAAUGUUAAAGAGGUCUAUGUUUGUAUUGAAGCAGUCAAAUAAGAUUAUACUCCAUAAUUCUAAGAUAUUCUUAGUUAUUUUUAGUACAUUACACAUUGUAUUUUCAUUCAAGAAUUUUUUUUCUUAUUGAGUAUAUAAUGAAAACAUGCUAACAGUAUUCAAUCCUACCCUGAUUUUUGUUUGCUUUUAUCAAAUAUUUUUUUGCAUACAUGUAUAUAUUUUAAAUUAAUUGACAAUUAUAACUGAUUUUUUGCUUAUUUUAAAGAAUGGGAUUGUGUGUACAUGUAUUUAUUUUUAUCUUUUAUUUUUUAGUUUUUCCCGUAUUUUGUUUGUUUUAUCAUAAUUAUUGUUUAUUAUACACCUUUUCUUUAAAUUGCUUUUAU